AUGGGCGUCUUCUCCAAGAAAGCUCCGGAGGAGCAUGUCACUCCUGACCCCGCGACGCCGGCUGCCUUCAACGAAAAGACGGGCGAGCACCCCGAUGAGAGGUCAAGCGAUGACGAACCCAUCGGAAAGGAUGUCCAGGCCGGUGUCGCCAAGGUCGAGGCCAUGACCUCUGUCUGGACCAAGCGCGAUCUGAUUGCAGCUUAUGUCCUCAUCUGGCUGUUCUAUGUCGUCACUUCCAUUCAGGAAGUCUCGAUGCGUGUCUUGUCGCCCUUCGUCACCAGCACCUUCGCCUUGCAAUCGCUGACAGCGACGACUAGCGUCAUGUCCACCCUCAUCGCUGGUCUCAUCAAGUUGCCGCUGGCCAAGAUUCUCGAUACCUGGGGUCGUCCUCAGGGCAUGGGUUUGAUGCUGCUUUGCUGGGUCCUCGGAUUCAUCAUGAUGGCUGCCUGCAAGAACGUUGAGACCUACGCCGCUGCUCAAGUUUUCUACUCUGUUGGAUCCCAGGGUAUCAGCUACUGCAUCACUAUCUUCAUUGCCGACACCUCGACCCUCAAGAGCAGAGCUCUCAUGCUCUCCUUCGCAACCACCCCCUACAUCUUUACCACCUGGGCGGCCGGCCCCAUUACCGAUAGCAUUCUUAGCAGCGGAGGCAUGGGAUGGCGCUGGGGCUUGGGCAUGUGGGCAAUCAUUGCCCCCGCCGUUGUCGGUCCCCUUGUUCUUCUUUUCCUUUGGAAUCAACACAAGGCGAAGAAGAUGGGUCUCAUUGAAGACCGUGGAUCGAUCAAGAACAUCUCUGCAAGCAAGGUUCUGAAGUUCCUCAUUGACAUCGACGCUCUCGGUAUUCUGAUCCUCGCCACCGGCAUGUCCCUGUUCCUCUUGCCGUUCAACAUCUACUCGUACCAGUCCGAUGGAUGGAAUUCCCCCCUCAUCAUUGCCUUCAUCGUAGUUGGCUUCUGCUUGAUUAUCGGAUUCGUCCUCUACGAGAGGUUUUUGGCACCUGUCACCUUCAUCCCCUUCUCACUCCUUAUGGACAGAACCGUAUUCUUUGGCGGCCUGAUGUUCGUCUUUGUUUUCUUCAACUCGGCUGUCUGGGGCUCCUUCUUCACCUCGAUGCUCAUGGUUGUCUGGGACACGACUGUCUCGCAGGCCACCUACAUCAGCAACAUUUACCGCACCGGCUCCUGCUUUUUCUCGGUCAUCAUCUCUACUCUGAUCUACAAGACGGGACGCUUCAAGCCCUUCGCUCUGUACUUCCUCAUUCCUCUGAUGAUGCUCGGCGUCGGUCUCAUGAUCCACUUCCGCCAACCAGACCAGUCCAUUGGAUACAUUGUCAUGACCCAGAUCUUUGUCGCUUUUGCCGGUGGCCCCCUCGUCAUCUGUGGUGAGAUGGCCAUGCUGUCGCCCUCCGACCACCAGCACGUUGCUGUCAUCAUGGCUAUCCUUGAUCUCUUCGGCAGUAUCGGUUCGACCGUCGGUUACACCGUUGCUACCGCCAUCUGGACCGGCACGUUCAGGAAGAACAUAGUCAAGUACACUCCCCCCGGCACUCCGGUCGACACCAUAUACAACGACAUCUACAGCCAGCUUUCAUACGCCGUCGGAACUCCCGAGCGCAUUGGCAUUCAGAAAGCCUACGGUGACUCGCAGCGCAUCAUGCUCAUCACUAGUGUAACUCUCUUGGUUGGUGCGUUGGGCUCCGUCGCCAUGUGGCGCGACAUCAACGUCAAGAAGAUAAAGCAGGUGCGCGGAAAUGUUGUUUAA